GGCACUCUGGACGGUAUUUAAGGGAUCGCCAGCCGGGGGUUGAGUGACAGUCGGUCGCGCCGCUGCAGGUCCGACCCGGAGCCGCUCUCCCGCAUCACGUCUCGGCCUUCCUGACCGCGGAAAGCUCGUCUCUGCAGGCGGGGGAGUUUGCGUUGAGGCCGGCGGUGUUGUUGACUAAUUUCACAAAUGUCUCAUUCCAAACCACUGCUCAUCCCGUGGCUGCGGGCCCACAUCGACAGCAGCAGGUACCCCGGUGUCCAGUGGACAAACCCGGAGCGAACAGAGUUCUCCAUUCCAUGGAAACACGCUUUACGCCAGGACUCUUCGGACACUGACAUUCUCAUCUUUAAAGCCUGGGCAGAGGUGAGUGGCAAUGGCCGGGCUCAGGGAGACCCCUCAGUCUGGAAGAGGAACUUCCGCAGCGCCCUCCGAGCAAAAGGCUUCAAACUGGUCUCUGACAACAAGAAUGACUCUGCUAACCCACAUAAGGUGUUUCACUGGCCGGAUGAGUCAGGAUCAGGAGCGAACUCUUCUGCUGGAUCCCAGGACCAAGAUGACCCUGAUUUGUUUGAGCACAUUGGCCUUCCAGCACAAGAAAGCCAGCUUGUGUCAUGCUUUGAUGACUGUCUCUAUCUUCCAGAGGAUGCUGUGUUUUCAGAAUCCACUGUCAACCAGGAUAUCCUCCAGGAGUGUCUGAAGGGACUGAACAUUGGUCCUGAGACAGAGGGCACUGCAGCCUUUGAGCCUCCUCCCGAGCAACAGCAGCUCCGAAACCCAGUUGUGAUUGGUGGAUGUGCGUUGCCAGGGCAACAGCAGUAUCCAGUAACGUUUGAGGGUGCAGUCGGUGAAGCUGGGUUGCCUGAGCAACCGGCACUUCCAAUGGAGGGAGCCGUGGGAGGGGUCUGUGGUGGGCAGUUGGUGGAGCAGUUCCUACAUACCAUGAACAAGACCAGGGAUGGAGAGAAUUUCAAGACUCAGUUCAGGAUAUCAGUGUACUACAGAGGGGUGAAGGUGUCGGAGCAGCUGGUGGAGAAUGAAGCUGGAAUCCGUUUAGUCUACAGCCCUGAACUCAGCGGGACAGUUUUGGACCCCGAGUCAGGCCUCUCCCUGGUCUCUCUGCCGAGUCCUGGAGCCAUGCUGGAUAAAACCCAAGCCAAUCUGACCCAACGCAUCCUGAACAAGCUGGUGGGUUUGGACUUGGGGGUGUCGGGCCACGUGGUCUACGGCCAGCGGCGGGGUGAAAGCAAAGCAUUUUGGAGCUUCUCCAAAUUUGACCGGAGCAGGCAGCCCCAAGAGGUUUCUAAACUGCACCCUCAGCCGCUGUACCUGUUCAAGGACUUCUUGCGAGGAAUACUGGACUUCAUCGAUGGGAGAGACUGCCCUCCCUGCUCCCUGUUCUUCUGCCUCGGGGAGAAGUGGCCAGACCCAGACAACAGGCCUUGGGAGAAGAAACUCGUCACAGUGGAGGUGGUCCUGACUUCAAUGGAGUUACUGAAGAACAUGGCUGUUGGAGGCGGCGCCUCCUCCCUGCAGUCUGUGGAGCUGCAGAUGUCAUUGGAAGAGAUGAUGGAGAUGUACUGACACGCUUCACUGUGCCUGGAGAAAGUCAAUGUUUACCUUUUUUUGUAACCCCUAGCCUUAACAGAAGCACCUCAGAACAUUUUAUAUCUUCAUUCUACACAAACUAGAACAGGUAAUAAUACUGCUGUUAAUAGUCCUGGUGUUGGACUUGCUGGUGCUGCAUAAAGGAACACAGCAAAUAUAUUUAAGGUGCAACUUGUACCAUGUUUAAACUUAAAUAUCUGCUUUUGAGUGAAUUUACACUUUGAUAUUUUCUUACUUGAAAUAAUGAUGUGAUUUGAUUGGAUCUUUCUAACAUCAGUGAUGUUACUGGUGCUGAUGUUCUUUGCUGCUUUCAAAGAUAAUGUGCUAAAUAAAAGAUUUCUGUCACUCAGCUCAAGAGGUUAACAGCAGCUCUUUUCACUCAUUCCUCAGUCUGCCCUUGUGAGUAAUUUGUUUGUGCUGAUGUAAGUGCACCUGUUUUUCGCUAUAAAGCGAAACAGAUUUCCCUCAAUGUGCAACAUCAUCCAGAAACUGUCAGUCAUCCUGUUAAAGAUCUUAUUUGUUGUAAUGUAUAAUAAUGAAUUACAUGAAUUCCCACAUGUAUAAUCACUCUUAGCUUCAUAAAGACCCUCAUCAAA